AUCAUGGUGCAGCCACAGAGAUGGUAGCCCCUCCCCAUGCUCCCAGGUAUACGAUUUUAAUAAAAGGACAGAAACCUUGAUUUAUCUCCACUACAGUUCCAAUGCCAGGGGAUGCAAACUCAAAUAUCUAUACAGGUUAGGGAUGCAACUUAAAUGAGUGAAGCAUGCAGAUACAAGACAAAAAGGAGUGAUGGCAACUGUGGAAAACCAUAGAAUAUAUGCUUAAAUAAAGGUAGUUGCUAUUUAACCCCUGCAUAUUGUUGCCAUGUAGAUCUAAUUGUCAGAUAUUCUAAUUUUUCAAGAAAAGCUGGAAAUUCAGAUUUUUAAAACCUGAAUAUCAAAUUUUAAAAACAGUAAAAAAGACGGUAUAGGACAAACAUAUGUAUGUGCCGGCGGGGGGCGGUGGGGAGGGUCACAUCCAGCUUGUGACUCCUACCCCAUGCCUGUUUUUAUACCCCUGUACAAUCCCUUCCCACACUGACUAUGGGUUUGGCCAUACUACUAGUUUUGGCCAACGGGACAUUACCAAGUGUGGUGCAUACCAGAGUUUUGAUAAGCAUUUGUUCACUGGGGCUUGUCCUUUCUCAAGUCACUAUGCAGAUGUUUGAAUGAUAAAAAGCCACAGGGAGGAGAGGCCCUAGAAGAUGAAAAGUCAUUUUGAAUGAGUUCCCAGCUGAUUGCAUGUGGGCCCCGGCUGAGCCCGGGUCAGCCCACACAAUUGUAAAAUCAUAAUAAACCAUUGUUAUUCUAAGCUACUAAGUCUUCGGAGGUUUGUUGUGUUGCAACAGGUAACUGAAAUAGAGGUCAUAUCUAAUCCCUUUGUUUUACUAAUGAAUGUCCUGAGGGCCAUAGUGGAAGGGACCUGGUGAAAUUCAGAUAGCAUGACAGUGGUAAGAACUUUCCAAUUCUGUGCUCUUCCUAUUGCUUUUCUUUCAAUUCCCUUGGUGAAAAGCACCAGGUAAGGACCAUGAAACUUCAAAGUCUACCUGCGGGGAACUUAUACUGUGUCCUGAAUGCAUGCAAAUUACUGUAACUUGGUCCUUGGUAAUGGAAAGAUUUCUAGGUCAUCCAGCCUCUUUGACUUUAUAGGUGCAGAGAACGCAAAAACACUUUGAGAAAGUGAAAAGCAGCCUCUGAUAUCUGGAAGCUGGCCUGGUACAAUCAGCCAUGACAUGAUGUUACUAGACCACAGCCUGGCCCUUAUAGCUAGGCUUUGUGUUUUCCUGUAGAACAAAAGCAAUUCCAAAGACCAUCAACAUCAGAUGAGGUCAUUCUGUGACCAUGAUAGAUCCAGACAAAUACCAGACCACUCUAUAAUCAGGUCUAAACACAGAUAAAAAGAUAAAACCUGAUGAUUGUCCAAACCACAAAAAAUGACUCAACAUCCCCACUUGGCUAAUAUGAGGGAGCCGCUGCUGCACUUUUUUUUUUUUUCGUUUUUGAGACAAGGUCUGGCUCUAUCACUCAGGGUACAGUGGAGUGGUGCGAUCUCCAUUCACUGAAACCUCCACUUCCUGGGCUCAAGCGAUCCUCCCACCUCUGCCUCCCAAGUAACUGAGACGACAGGCGCGCACCACCAGGUCCGGUUCAUUUUUGUAUUUUUUGUAGAGACGAGUUUCGCCAUGUUGCCCAGGCUGGUCUGGAACUCCUGCGCUCGAGCAAUUCGCCUGCCUCGGCUUACCAAAGUGCUGGGAUUACAGGCGUGAGCCACUGUGCCCGGCCAGGCUGCUGUUUCUUUAUCUGCACAGCUUUAGCCUCAAUCUAGAAUUCCCUUCCUCUAGAUAAGAUGAACUGAGAUGCUCAAUCAUGGAACGACCCUCUCUUCCUGACAGUAUCUAAUCCAGUGAAGCUCUCACUUCCUUAAACCCUCUCCCAAAUCACUAACAACUCUUACCGAGAGGCCCUAUCGUUCCUCAAUGUGUGUUCUCAGUCACUGCAACUAGUAAUAAACCCAGCUUGUUCAACGAUCCGUGUCUUCCUGGUGGGAUUUGGUUAGAGGGCACGGACAGACCUAAGUUACACAGAGUUGGAGGCUGAGUUCACUAGAAGGAGUCUCCGCAUGUGUGUUCCUUCUUAGCCACUCUUUUGGUUAAUGUCUGUCGUCCCUCUACCAGAAUUAAGCUCCAUGAGAACAGGAGCCUUGUCUGUCAUGUUCAGAGCUGAUUCUCAGCGCCUAGAACGGUACGCAGCGGAAGCUGGAUGCUUAAAAAAUAACCAUUUUCUGAACGAAUGAAUGAGGGGCUCGAUAUACGCACGUCCCCUUUAAUCUCGCAGCUCCUCGCAGAUCGUGGGACAUACAGACAGCACCACAGCACAUUUCCCAAAACCCCGUCUUUCCCGAAGAAAUCUCGAAACUCUCACUCCUGGGAUGCCCAUCCUCUCAGAGCCUCUUCCCCAGGCCGAGCUUCUCUCACUCGCUGGCCCCUUCCCACACCUGAGCCCCAGGCCUAUACACCUUCCUAACGCCCCUAGAACCCACCUGUCUCCACCAUCUGCCCCUACCAUCAGACACUGCCGGACGGGCCGCGCAGCUACCUAGGCGUCUAGGGGGCACUGCGGCAUGGACCGCGCAUGUGCGGAAAUGGGUCGCAUACGCAGGACCUCCGACAAGUGAGGAGUUGCCUCGGAGUUUCCGUCCCGGUCUGGGCAGCCUUGGGCUGCCAGGAAGUCAAAAGAAGCUAGCCGGAAGGAGAACCUGGGCGCACGGCUUUCUGGGACACGUAGUCGUGGCGCUCUCGAGGCCCUACCAUGAGCAAGCUCUUAACUCUUCAGGUCUGCACGUCCUACGUCCACAGUCCAGUGCUACUCUCAGCUCGAAGUUCAGCUUCGGGCUGCCAAGAGCCAGCAACCUGGUGUCAGAGGCUCGGUCCCACAACGCUCUGCGGGCCGCGGCGCCUGCUGGGAGGUGUAGUCCCCGAUCUGCGUACUGCGUUCGCCGAGGGGGAGGGCGGAGCUGCCGGCGGCCCGGGCGGGCUGGCAGCUAGAGUGGGCGCGAUAGCCGCCUCCGCCUCUGCCGCCUCCGCCGUCGCCUCCUCCGCCCGGGCCGUUCGCUGCUGCGCGGGGAGAGCGAGGCGGGGCCGCCGGGGCCGCCAUGGAGCCCGACUCGGUGAUUGAGGACAAGACCAUCGAGCUCAUGAUAAGUAAUGGAACAUCAUCUGUGAUCGUCUCCAGAAAGAGGCCAUCAGAAGGAAACUAUCAAAAAGAAAAAGACUUGUGUAUUAAGUAUUUUGACCAGUGGUCUGAAUCAGAUCAAGUGGAAUUUGUGGAACAUCUUAUUUCACGAAUGUGUCAUUAUCAGCAUGGACAUAUUAACUCUUACCUGAAGCCCAUGUUGCAGCGGGACUUUAUUACCGCUUUACCAGAGCAAGGCUUAGAUCACAUAGCAGAAAACAUUCUUUCGUACCUGGAUGCCAGGUCUCUGUGUGCGGCAGAGCUGGUAUGUAAAGAAUGGCAGCGAGUGAUCUCAGAAGGAAUGCUUUGGAAGAAGCUGAUUGAACGAAUGGUACGCACUGAUCCCCUAUGGAAAGGACUUUCAGAAAGAAGAGGGUGGGAUCAGUACCUGUUUAAAAACAGACCCACAGAUGGCCCUCCAAAUUCAUUUUAUAGGUCAUUAUACCCAAAGAUUAUCCAGGAUAUAGAGACUAUAGAAUCUAACUGGCGGUGUGGACGACACAACUUGCAGAGGAUUCAGUGCCGCUCUGAAAAUAGUAAAGGUGUCUACUGUUUACAGUAUGAUGAUGAAAAAAUUAUCAGUGGCCUACGAGAUAAUUCUAUUAAGAUAUGGGAUAAAACCAGCCUGGAAUGUUUGAAAGUGUUAACAGGACACACAGGCUCUGUCCUCUGUCUGCAGUAUGAUGAGCGUGUUAUUGUAACCGGCUCUUCAGAUUCUACGGUGAGAGUGUGGGAUGUGAACACGGGUGAAGUUCUUAACACAUUGAUCCACCACAAUGAGGCUGUACUGCACUUACGCUUCAGCAAUGGACUGAUGGUGACCUGUUCCAAGGACCGCUCCAUUGCUGUGUGGGACAUGGCUUCUGCGACUGACAUCACUUUACGCCGUGUCCUGGUUGGCCACCGGGCUGCCGUCAAUGUAGUAGACUUUGACGACAAGUACAUCGUGUCUGCCUCUGGUGACAGGACCAUCAAAGUCUGGAGCACGAGCACCUGUGAAUUUGUUCGUACUCUCAAUGGGCACAAGCGAGGCAUUGCCUGUCUCCAGUACAGGGAUCGCCUGGUUGUUAGUGGAUCAUCAGAUAAUACCAUUAGGCUCUGGGAUAUUGAAUGUGGUGCCUGUUUAAGAGUCCUAGAGGGACAUGAAGAAUUGGUCCGAUGCAUCCGGUUUGAUAACAAGAGGAUUGUCAGUGGGGCCUAUGAUGGGAAAAUUAAAGUUUGGGACUUGCAAGCUGCUCUUGACCCUCGAGCCCCAGCAAGCACAUUGUGUUUGCGCACAUUGGUGGAACAUUCUGGACGUGUGUUUCGGCUCCAGUUUGAUGAGUUUCAGAUCAUCAGCAGCUCCCAUGAUGACACUAUUUUGAUUUGGGAUUUCUUAAAUGUGCCUCCCAGUGCCCAGAAUGAGACCCGUUCUCCCUCCAGAACAUACACUUACAUCUCUAGAUAACAGUCUGCACUUUCACCCGUUUCAGGGUUUUCUAGUCUUGAACUACUGGCUACGUGGCUACCAAAUGCCUAAGGGAGUUCCUUCACAGCUGAGUUAUGAAGCUGGAAUUGGUUCUAGACGCUGGGUAGAUGCAAAGCAGCCUAACUCUUCAAGUACCGACAUUUCUCACCUCUGAUUCCGGCUCUCCUUUGAGAAGGAGACCUUAGCUUCCCCGGCUUCAAGUAGAACAGAAUCCAGUUUCCUUCCCUCAUCAGUGAAAAAAUCUAAUGUUUCAAAUGUAAAUUGUUCAUAGAAAAGGAACAUAGAAUCUGUUUUACAGAAGUAAAUCGACCGUCAAGAGAAGACUUGGCUUCUAAUUUAUAUUGCUUUGCACUUUGGUUUGAUAUUAAGAAACAGCAUUCUUCUUCAGUGAAAUUUUGGGUGCCAAACACCUACCCAGAAUGUCCAGGGCUUUCAUUUUCAAAAGUUAGCAUUCUCCUUUUGACCGUCCAAGUCAUUAUGAAUUCUGACUUGUUGUAUUAGGAACAUGUUGGACAAUGGAAAAAUUUCUCUGGAUUGUUUUAGUAAUAUUUUUGGGAUUAUACUUCCUUUCUGUACCAAUUUCUUUUAAUUUAAAGAACUAUAAGUCAGUUAUAUUAUCUACCACAGGUAAUAUAGCUCUUUCUUUUAUUAACUGUUCUCUGUCCCCCAACCAUCUCCUGAUAUUUGGUAGAGUAACACCUUUAUACGUGUGCUUGCCUCCUAAUUUAAAAUACUGUAUUCGCAUGUAGAUAUAAUGUACAUAACAGUUUAACCUCAAAGUUGCCGGAGUCAGGGCCCCCUGUGCUUGAGACACUAAUACAGAGUGUGUUCGCACUUAGCCAUGGGCUGGGCUCAAGAACCUGAUACCUGGGUUGAUGUGGAUUACCUAGAACCCUUCCUGCAGUAUUCAUACAGUGUUUUUAUUUUGUUGUCAUUGCGUGUGUGUGGUUUGUGUGUGUUUUUAAUGAGAAUCUUGUUUUAAAAUGUAAUUUCUAAGGUUUAACACAAAAAUGUUUUAUUUGUUGUGGAGUAUAUAUUAUACAAUAGAGAGGUACCUUAAACAUUUUUUGUUCUUAUUCUUUUUCUCAUAAGUACUCCUGAGUACAAGUGGUCACCUCCCAUAGUAUUCAUUUGGCUUCGCUGUCAAAAAUCAUUAUUCUGUGCAGUCAUGGCCCUGGGAAGGGGAAAUAAGAAGGCCCUGUUGACGGGCUGUCUUGGCUCUGGAAUUCAUGCAUCCUGGCCUUGCCAAGGUUCUGGCAGGGCCUGCUUGUGUGUUGGAGCCUGCAGGGCAGGUCAGGCUGGUUCAGAGGCCCAUGCUGAGGGGUGGGUGCUCUGAAGUGGAGUGAAGCCUCAAGCCCAUGAAUGCCACCCCAGUCAUCUCUGGUGUCAGCUGCUGCUGUGGCCCCAGCAGGUUCUCAAAGCUCCCAAGUCCUCCUGACUACACAGCCCAAAUGUGUAAAUGGCACUGUUGCCCUGACAGUGCAUGGAAAGGACGUUGGCAUCCAAUUGGCACUCCUUCUCCCUUAUUCAAUAUUAGGUUUGAUUUGCCCUUCGCCAUUGUUUCCAAAGAUCAAGGAAUGUCAAUAACAUUUUAAAGGACCAAUAAACAGCCUCCUAUAAAGUAAACCUCUUCCCGUGGAAGCACACUCUACUACUAAAGGGAAGGCCCCUGGGCUCUGAUUUGUCCUUUGCAUUGAGAACGGUGUGGGGAUCAAUGUGUGUGUAUGUGAUUUGUUUAUUGAGUUGGCUUUGCUUUUUUAGUUUUUCUUUUAAAAAUAAAAUCCUUCCUUCCCAUGUUACUAAAUUAAUUUAUGUUUUUGAGAGGUUGAGUCUCAAAGUGUAAACAAUAAACCUCCAUUCAUAAGGUGGAUGUUGUAAGCUUGAUGGUGGUUGUGAAAGUGAUUUAGCUUUAACCACUUUUCAUCUUACAGCUUCAAUAUCAAACUGGUUAGGAAAGCCCAGGGGGAAGGGAGGGGGCAGGGGAGGAGGCAAUUCGGAAUGAAUGAAUGGAUUUUUUGUUGUUUUUGCAUGUUUAAUAUAGAAGUUCCCCUUGUUCCUUGGGAGAUCAUGGCCUUUGAAUAUGCACACAACCUUUGAACUGUGCCUACUAAAUUAUAGCAGGGGACUUUGGCACCCAAGGAGUUCUGACUUUCUGGGAUUAUAAUAGUAAUUCCCAGCCAUACUCUGGACUUUAUUUUGCUAACCAUAAUUGAGCAAAUGUAAAUUACUGCUAUAUUAAUGUUUUAAAGCACUGGGAUAGUCUAAUUCUAACUUGUAAUUAAUUAUGUUUGCCAAUUAUCUGUUUGAAAUAAAUUUGUGUCUGAACAGCUAUUGAAACUGUUAAAUUGUACAGAUAUUAUUCAUGACAGCUUUGUACUGUGGAAUGUGCUUAAUAAAAAACAAAAAAGUUUGACUUUUGUCCAAUAAAUUGCUAAGUAAUGUCAAUAAAUCAAGUAUGGGUAUUACGCAGUGCACCUAAUCUGGCUUCAUGCAAUUGUUACUUCAGCUACUGAUUCAAAGCCAAUACUCUUAAUAAAGUGUUGCAAUACUCUGA